AUUUAAGAGUAUAUGUGUGUGUGUGUUGUGGUGGUGGGCGGGGUUAUUCGAGUUCAAGUUCUCCUCCGCGGUGACGUAGUGGGGGUGCGCGCGCGCGCGCGCGUGUCACGUGACGGUGUUGUUGUGGAUCUGCCCGUGAGUGGGAGGAGCUAGAACAGUCUGGAGCGAGAGGGGCAGCGACCCUCCCCCCCACACACACACAGACAACACGAGCUGAGCCAAGUGGUGGUGGUGGUGGCUCUGUCUCUGAUCCACCUUCCUCACCUCGCACAGCCGCUGAUUGCCAUAGCAGCUCCACGUAGAAGCGAGAAGAAGUCGGGAGGGCCCGUGAGGGGGUAGACGGAGAGCGGUGUCUGCUUGGGUCUCCCUCGCCUCGCUCCGCUAUAGCUAACUCAACGUCGUUCGUCGGUCUUCGUGGCACCCACCACCUCUUCCACCUCUUCCUCCUCUUCCUCCUCCGCGAGCCUUCGCGAGCCUCCGUAGACUGGGUUGGCGAGGACGGAACGAACCCUCCGGAACCACUCCGCCACCAGCACCGCCCUCAGCACCCCACUGCGUUUCUGAAGCAUGGACGACAGCAAGGCUCUUGGAGGAGUGGGUGGAGUUGGAGGAGGUGGUGGAGUUGGUGGAGUUGGAGGAGGUGGAGGAGGUGGUGGGGUUCUAGGAGGAGGAGGAGGAGGUGGUGAUGGCAAAGUGAAGAAGAUCCAGCACAUAGAGCAGCAGGUGAAGAAGCCGGGCAAGCGUGGGCGCAAGCCGGCCAAGAUCGACCUCAAGGCCAAGCUGGAGCGCAGCCGGCAGAGCGCCAGGGAGUGCCGCGCUCGCAAGAAGCAGCGCUACCAGUGCCUGGAGGAGAUGGUGUCGGGACGCGAGCGCGCCAUAUGCGCCCUGCGCGAGGAGCUCGACAUGUACAAGCAGUGGUGCAUUGCAAUGGACCAGGGCAAGAUCCCGUCUGAGAUCAAGGCGCUCCUGAGCGGCGAGGAGACCCCACGAGGCCUCGCGUCCUCCCUCAACAAGGAGAGGCCUGGCAAGCACUGAACGGGGCGACGACGUCGCCGCCGGGAGGAGACGCGGGGAGACGGCGCCGGGAGAUAU